UUGUACAGUAGAAAGAAUGCAAGAUUUGGAUUUGGAAAAAUCUGGAUCUAGAUGGCUAGUUUUGUGUGAGAAAUUCUGGUUCCUUCAAGCUCUAAGCCUAGAAUUCCAAGAAAUGAGAAAGAUCAUCCCUGCCCUUUCCAUCUCACAGAGGAACUGCGAGGACAUACUACCUCACUGCCCAUUGCUCCUGUGAAAGCUGGCCUUCCAGCUUGUCCACAUCCUCUUGCUGUGUGGAUCAGAAGAUGAUGGUGUCUCUACAACAAGAGAUUCCUUUCUCCCAGCCCCUAUUCCCUACUUUUUGGGUUACUGACAUCUUACUCUUACUCUGAAAUCCCCAGUCCCUCCUGCCCUGAAGAUGACAUGUUUACAAUCAAAGGUUUCUUCCUCCCCAUCCACAACCUUGUGGAUCCCAUACAUUCCAUACUUGUAUCUUAACUCUGAAACCACCUGAAUAACUGAGUCAUUUGACUCCCCAGCUUUGACAGAGCCUAAGAAGAGAAAGAGGGAUUCCAGUUUUUAAUCCAGUUUUAAAGCCAAUGGUAUAGUUGAGCAGCUGACAGGUUCCAACAAUGUAGCAGCUUGAGGAUCCGAUGCCCUCAUCUUAUGUGUGAGAAAACCCAAACCUGGAGGUGAAAAUGAACCCUGGCCCAUGGGCUCUGGCUGGAGACUGAAGGAAAUGUACAUUUCUUGGACAACAGGAGGGGAGGUCCUGCAAAAAGCCUGUGUGUCUGUGUGGUGGAGAUCUGGUGGGCAAGUUAGAUGAUGCAACCUUACUGCUCUGAAUUCUGGAAGAAAACAACCUAGCAUUUAAGAUAGGCCCUGCUGUAAGCACAGGGAGAACGAGAAGUCAAAGGGCUUCUUAAAGAGUGAGCCAGCCCUCUUAGUGCCCAUAAAAACAAGAGAUUCAGACAAAUUCGUUUGGUAACUAUAUAAUGCUUUGUACCUUAAGAAACUUUUCAGCAUGGCCUCCUGGAAAAUGAAUUGGACUUAGCAGGAAGAAGAGAUUUGGAUCCCACCUUUGGACCUUACUAAUUGAGUACAACAUGGGCAAGUCACGUCAAUCAAUCCGUUAUCAAGCGCUUAAUCUGUGCCAGGCACUUGGGAUACAAAAAAGAAGCAAAAAAGAGUCCCUGCUUUCAAGUAGCUCACCAUCGAAUGGGCAUACGAAGAAGCUGUAUACAUGGUACGUGGGAAAUAAUUAGCAGAUGGAAUGAAAUAGUGAACAAUUAAUUAUAAGGGAAAUAGGAAAUACGGGGGUCGGGGAAGGCUUCCUAUGGAGAGACCAGCCCCGUCGUGGUGCCUCGGUUCCCAAAGGAUGCCGUAGAGAAGUCCCUUCAAGAGUCACCCACUCUUUGGUUUCGGGUUAACGUCCAUCGCGAAUCCGCUGCCUGGGGUCCGAGCCGGGGUCCCACCUGCCCAGCUCCACCCGCCUCGAUGGGUGGGAGGUGGACAGCAGACCGCGCAUGACCCGGGGGGGGGGAGCGGGUUCGCGCUUCAACGAAAACGCACCUGGUCGCUAAUUCGCGGGCGAUGCUCCCACGCGUGCACCGAAGGGCUCGGGGCUUUUAGGGCGGGGUAGCAAGGAGGCCCCGAGACUAGUGGCUCCCCCGUCCCCGGGUCCUACCAUCUACGAGCAGCACCCAAGUGGCGGCGACUCAUCCAGGCCGGAGCCAGGUAGGACCGGCCUGGGCGGGGCGAGGUGCUCGGAACCUUUCGGGUAGCACCGCCCCCUCCCGCCCGCGCAUGCGCCCCUCCACCCCCCCGCCGCUGAGCGGAAGGAGCCGGCUGACGGCGGCCAUUGCUGCAGCUGCGAUGGCGGCGGCCCCGGCCUUGGUGCUGAAGCACCGGCGCACCACCUUGGAGCGGGUGGAGAAGUUCCUGUCGCCCACUUACUUCACCGACUGCAACCUGUGGGGCAGGCUCUAUGGAGACAGUUGCCCUGUGACUUCAUUGUCUUGCUUCAUGACUCCGGAACAGAUGCCAUAUGAACAGGCCAUUCAGCAAAACUUCCACACGGUCAGAGUUGGUGAUACCUUUGGACCCACAUGGUGGACCUGCUGGUUCCGAGUGGAGCUGACUCUCCCCAGAACUUGGAUGAAUCAUGAAAUUCACUUUCUCUGGGAGAGUGAUGGAGAAAGCCUGUUGUGGAGGAAUGGGGAACCAGUCCAGGGUUUGACCAAAAUGGGUGAGAAGACCAGCUACAUCCUGACUGACAAGAUGAAGGAAGGAGAUCCCUGGAGCGUGACACUGUAUAUAGAAACUGCCUGCAGUGGGGUCUUUGGGGCUGGAAAAGGCAGCAUGAUUGCUCCACCUGACAAUGAGAAGAGAUUCAGUGUGACCCGGGCAGAGAUGGCUGUGUACCACCGGAAUGUUCAUGAGCUGAUGAUGGAUAUGGAAAUCCUCCUGGGCAUGGCCAAGUGCCUUGGGGAGGGCAGCCAGCGGAGCUUCCAGGCCCUCUACACAGCCAACCAGAUGGUGAACGUGUGUGACCCAACUGAACCUGGUACCUUUUCGACAGCCCGUUCCUUGGCAUCGGGUAUCUUCCGCCAGCGCAAUGGGGACAGCCAGCACACUAUCCAUGCCAUAGGACACUGCCACAUUGACUCAGCUUGGCUCUGGCCCUACAAGGAGACAAUUCGGAAAUGUGCCCGUAGUUGGUCAUCAGCCAUCCGACUCAUGGAGAAGAACCCCCAGUUCACAUUUGCCUGCUCUCAGGCACAACAGUACGAGUGGGUGAAGAGGUACUACCCAAGCUUAUAUGCCCAAGUCAAGGAGUACGUCCGGGCAGGACAGUUUAUUCCAGUGGGUGGCACUUGGGUCGAGAUGGAUGGGAACCUUCCCAGUGGAGAGUCUAUGGUGAGACAGUUCCUUCAAGGACAGAACUUCUUCCUUCAGGAAUUUGGGAAAGUGUGUUCAGAGUUCUGGCUUCCAGACACAUUUGGAUAUUCAGCCCAACUCCCCCAGAUCAUGCGUGGCUGUGGCAUCCAGCGCUUCCUGACUCAGAAGCUGAGCUGGAACUUGGUGAACUCCUUCCCUCAUCAUACCUUUUUCUGGAAAGGAAUUGAUGGUUCCCGGGUAUUGGCUCACUUUCCUCCCGGCGAUUCUUAUGGGAUGGAAGGCCGUGUGGAAGAGGUGCUGAAAACCAUGAACAACAACAAAGACAAGGGGAGGGUGAACCACAGUGCCUUCCUCUAUGGGUUUGGAGAUGGGGGCGGUGGUCCCACCCAGGUCAUGCUAGACCGGCUGGAACGAAUGAAAGAUACAGAUGGACUGCCCAGGGUGUAUUUCUCUACCCCAGAACGGUUUUUCUCCCUACUGGAGAGGGACACGGGGCAGCUUUGCACUUGGGUAGGGGAACUGUUCCUGGAACUUCACAACGGCACCUAUACCACCCAUGCUCAAAUCAAGGAGGGAAACCGGGACUGUGAACAGAUCCUGCAUGAUGUGGAGCUCUUGAGCAGCCUGGCCCUGGCACGCAGUGGCACUUUCCAGUACCCUUCUGCUGAAUUACAGCAUCUCUGGAGGCUUUUGCUCCUAAACCAGUUCCAUGAUGUGCUUCCCGGAAGCUGUAUCAAGGAGGUGGUAGAUGAUGCCCUGAAGUAUUAUGAAGAGAUUCGAAGCAGUGGCUCCCGCCUUCUGAAAGCUGCAAUUUGGGCUGUGUGUGGAGGAGAGCCAGUCCCUCGAGAUCUGAAGCCACCACGCAACUUCCUCAUCUUCAAUACACUGCCCUGGGAGCGCACAGAGGUGGUGGCCCUGCCAGCAGCCAGUGGUGCUGAAAACCUGGUGCUGGUGACGGUGCCUAGUAUGGGUUACACACAAGCCCCAGCUCCUGCCUCGCCUCCUCAUCCGGUCAGAGUGGUGCGGGAGGCUGACGGCUCCGUGACGCUGGAGAAUGGCAUUAUCCGAGCGCACCUGGACUCCAUGGGCCACUUAAACUCCUUGGUUUUGGUUUCCUCGGACAGGGAAACCAUCCCCCGAGGUGUCUUUGGCAACCAGUUUGUGAUGUUUGAUGACAUUCCCUUAUACUGGGAUGCCUGGGAUGUGAUGGAUUAUCACCUGGAGACCCGGAAGCCAGUUACAAAGCUCGACCAAGCUGUCGAGGUGGGAAUGCCCGGAGGCCUCCGAGGCAGCGUCCACUUCUCCCUGCAGCUCAGUAACCGAAGCAUCCUGACACAGGAAAUCGUGCUGGAUGCUGCCUGUCCAUAUCUCCGGUUUCACACUGAGGUGGACUGGUAUGAGUCUCACAAGUUCUUAAAGGUGGAAUUCCCUGUCUGGGCCCACACCUCCAGUGCCACCUACGAGAUCCAGUUUGGGCAUAUACAGAGACCUACACAUUAUAAUACCUCUUGGGACUGGGCUCGAUUUGAGGUGUGGGCCCAUCGAUGGAUGGACCUGUCAGAACACGGCUUUGGAAUGGCGCUUCUCAACAGCAGCAAGUAUGGGGGCUCCGUUCGGAACAACAUCUUCAGCCUCUCCCUCUUACGGGCACCCAAGUCCCCUGAUGCCACUGCAGACAUGGGUCAUCAUCAGUUCACCUAUGCAAUAAUGCCACACAUGGGAACGUUCCAGGAUUCUGGAGUCAUCCAAGCUGCCUACAACCUCAAUUUCCCCCUACAUGUCAUACCCACUGGACCAGCCAUCUACCGGCCUUGGAGUGCUUUCUCAGUCUCAUCAUCCGCUGUGGUGCUAGAGACUGUUAAACAGGCAGAGGCUGGAGCUCACCCUUAUACCCUAGUACUGAGACUGUAUGAGGCAUAUGGCAGCCACGUAGACUUGUGGUUGCAGACAUCACUCCCUGUACAGGAAGCUGUCAUUUGUGAUCUUCUGGAACGCCCUGACCAUCGGCAGCGCUUGGCUGUAGAGAGCUCCCGCCUAAAGCUUUCCUUCUCCCCCUUCCAAGUGGUUUCUCUGCUCCUUGUGUUGCAGUCCCCAAACCCCUGAUCAAGAGAUAGGACCAGCACCUUGGGCCUCAUCGCCCUGAAAUUCCGGGCCCCAAGGCCUCAAACAAGUAGGAGCCUCCACCAUGAUCUUAACCACUUCCACUUUGGUCCCAUCCAAGCAUCAAGCUCCCAAACCCCUCUGCCCUAAUACAUUUGCUGCUGGGGACAUUACUGUUCCCCCAGGGCUCAGAGGGAAGCCAGACAUGCCCUGUUGUCUAGCUCCUGGGGCAGUGCCGUAUCUCAAUAGCACAAACGCCUGUGGAGGGGUGGAGGGAAUGGGAUGGGCUGCAGCUCUGAGGAGUAAAUCUACCCAGGGGAGUGCAUGCGCCUGUCUCAGAUUCUUCCACUCUCAGCCGCUGGCUCUUCCUCAGGAAUUCUAAGGAGCCAUGGGGUGAGAACUCAUCUCACCCCCUCCUACAUCUCAAAGGCAUAUGCUUGUGUCCUUUGUCCUUUCCUUCCUUUAAAUGACCUUGGCCAUAGUAGCUGGUUUCUGAUAUACUGGAUAGUGGACACAUUUCAAUCAACUUAAUAAAUGUUUUCAUUAGCCAGCCCCA